AUGUCGCUACAAAGUUGGAACAUCCGCCGAAUUAGCUUUGUUCGCCAGAGACAGAGAGAAAGAGAAAGGGAUAUGAAGCUGUUGCUUCCUAUAGCUAGGAAGCAAGGAGUUCCGAAGCUUUUGUAUACUCUAAUCCAGAUCACAGCUCCGAUGUCGAUUGCAGAAGGGAAAGAAAAGCCAAAAAGACUAUAUCAGGUCUGGAGAGGAAGCAAUAGAUUCUUUUGUGGGGGACGAUUGAUCUUUGGUCCAGAUGUGGCUUCCUUGAUUUUGACCAUACUCCUAGUUGCAGGCCCUGCUGUAUCCUUCUGUUUUAAAGUCUACCACACUAUUAACGUCAACAAGAAAGAUGGAAAAGACGUUGGAUACUGGUACAUCAUUCUGCUUGUGGCAGCCAUUCUCACUUUUCUGGAUAUAUUGUUUCUUUUAUUGACUUCGAGUAAAGAUCCGGGAAUAAUCCCACGAAACUCAACCCCACCGGAAUGUGAUGAAGCCUUUGAUAUGAACACCCCUUCGAUGGAAUGGCUGAAUGACAGAACUCCUCAUUUGAGAUUACCCAAAACUAAAGAAGUUGUGGUGAAUGGUCAUUCGGUUAAAGUCAAAUACUGUGACACGUGUAUGCUAUAUCGUCCUCCACGUGCCUCACAUUGCUCCAUCUGCAACAACUGUGUUCAGAAAUUUGAUCAUCAUUGUCCUUGGGUUGGUCAAUGCAUCGGACUACGAAACUAUCGAUUCUUCUACAUGUUUAUAUCAACCUCAACAAUCUUGUGUGUAUACGUGUUUGCCUUUUCAUGGGUCCACCUCGUCCAAAAAGGCAACGUUUUGAAGGCCAUGUCAAAGGAUAUUUUGUCUGAUGUCCUCAUCGUUUACUGCUUCAUCACCAUGUGGUUUGUUGGUGGGCUUUCUGUUUUCCAUUUUUAUCUUAUUUGCUCAAACCAGACAACAUAUGAAAACUUCCGGUAUAGAUAUGAUAAGAAGGAGAAUCCGUAUCAUGAAGGCAUAACAAGGAAUCUCUUACAAGUUUUUCUAUCGAAGAUUCCUCCUUCAUUGAAUGAUUUUAGGGCGAUUGUGCAUGAAGAUGAAAACAUGGUGAUUGAGGAGACAAGUUCGGAUCUUAUACAAACAUCAAAGGAAAAGAUUGACAUUGAAAUGGGGAAUAAGUUUUCAGAAUCGAGUGGGAUUUCACUUCCUGAAAUUCUACAGAAUUUGCAGUAUGAUGAGUUUGAAAGUGACUCAAAACGAAAGGAAGGGAGUCUAGACUUGGAUCUUCACCCUUCUCCUUUUCUUUUUGAUAUGAAAGAAGAUUGCAUUAGUGAACGUGAGAAAUGUGAUGAACAAAUAAUCACACAUGAGACCCAAACUGUUCAUCAACUAUAA